GGUGCCAGUUUUUCCCAUUUGCCAGUCUUCCCUAUCUACCUACAGCUGCUCCUCUCACCUUGCCAGGAUUGCUAGUUUUAUCUCCAUCUACCUGCUGGGCUGUUCACACACUUAUUAAGGAACAGUCCCCUCUAUAUAAAGGCAUCUUUAACUCCCGUUCAUUGCUGAGACGGACAAAAACAUGGGGAAGAUGCUGCUCUGGGCGGGUUUGUUCCUGCUGCUGAACGUACAGCUGGGCUUUGCCUAUAAGCUGGUAUGCUAUUUUACCAACUGGUCCCAGUAUCGACCAGAACCUGCAACGUACAUGCCAGGGAACAUUGACCCGCAGCUCUGCACGCACCUCAUAUACGCCUUCGCCACCAUGAGCAACAACAAGAUUGCACCCUCUGAAUGGAAUGACGAUGUGCUGUACAACCAGUUCAACGCCUUGAAAUCACAGAAUCCAAAAUUGGUUACAUUGUUGGCAAUUGGCGGGUGGAAUUUUGGGACAGAGAAGUUCACAGUGAUGGUGUCAACUGCUGCCAAUCGCAAAACAUUUAUUGAUUCUGUUAUUGCAUAUCUCCGGCUAUACGACUUUGAUGGCAUUGACCUAGACUUUGAAUAUCCUGGAUCGCGAGGUAGUCCAGCAGAGGAUAAAAAGCGAUUUACCAUCCUUACACAGGAGUUGCUUGAUGCUUUCAAAAAAGAAGCAGUAGCUACAAAUCGUCCACGUCUCCUAGUAACUGCAGCUGUGUCCGCAGGAAAGAAAACUAUUGAUGAUGGAUAUGAAAUUGCAGAGAUUGGGCAGACCCUGGAUUUCAUCAGUGUUAUGACAUAUGAUUUCCAUGGUGAAUGGGAUCCCGUUACUGGCCACAACAGCCCUCUGUGUUUGGGUUCAAAGGACUAUGGCGACAAUAAAUACUUCCACAUUGCGUAUGCUAUGAAUUACUGGAGAGAUAAUGGCGUCCCUGCAGAAAAACUCUUGAUUGGAUUUCCAACGUAUGGCAGAGCAUUCAAGAUCUCAGACCCCAAUACCUGUGAGAUAGGAAUGCCUGCAUCUGGGGCAGGAUCUGCGGGACCAGGUACCUAUUAUGAGAUCUGCACUUGGCUGAAAGGAGCAACAAUAAAGUGGGAUGAGGAACAGAAGGUGCCUUAUGCCUGCAAAGGCAAUGAGUGGGUUGGAUAUGAUAACCAACAGAGUUACGAGUGUAAAGUAAAGUUCUUAAAGAAUGGUGGAUUUGGAGGAGCCAUGGUAUGGGCCAUUGACCUGGAUGAUUUCCUGGGAACAUUUUGCAAUGAAGGAAAAUAUCCACUGAUCAGCCACCUGAAAUCCUUGCUAGAAGGUUCAGUCACCAACUGCCCUGGAGAACCAUGUGCACCUGGAGGUGGAGGAGAUGUGACCAACCCUCCCCCUGUCCCCACUCCUCCAGAUGUGACUGAUCCACCACCUGUCACCACCCCCUCAAGAACCGAAAUUGACCUCAACUUCUGUGCUACUAAGAUUGAUGGGUUUUAUGUAAAUCCUGUAAACCCCAACGGGUUUUAUCAGUGUGCUUCUGGCCAGACCCAUGCCUCCCAAUGUGCGGCUGGAACAGUAUUUGAUGAGAGUUGUAAAUGUUGCAAUUGGCCCUGAACACUCUGUUCAAUAAACCUAUACAUCAAUAUGCAA